AUGUUUUUCGUGCCAAAGGUAAUGAGUACCCAGCACCCAGACAAUGCCACUCCCUCCCCCUUCGCCGACGAGGCCGGGGUUAUUCGUGGUGACGGUGAGGUGCAGGAGGCCGCUGAUAUAUUUGCACUGGGCUGCAACGAGCAGAUGUGGGACUCCGAGGGCAAAGAGGCCGACAACCAGGUUGUCCGCAAGUUGCUAACCGGCUACCCAGACUUCUUUACCAGCCAGCGCCGCCUGGGCCGCGACGUUAUCCUCACCCUGCGCGUGCCCAACCCCUUCAUCGAGCGGGAUAUGCGGAAGUCCAUGGUGGAGGCCCUGCAGAGCAUCCCCUCGGCCUGGGACAUGGCCCACAACUUUUACGGCGACGGCGAUGACGAUACCGCCCCCAUUCAGGAGGUCAUUCUGCCCUUCACCACCUCCGCCGAGGAACUGGCCCUGGUGGAGGCCUACUACCGCCAUGUGAUAGUAGGGCAGGAGGCUCAUACCCUGCUGGGAGACCGGCUGGUCAAGGACUGGGUGGGCGAGUUCUACCCCAAGCAGGUGCGGGUGAUUCCCCUGAUCGAGGACUUGGAGCAUCUCUUCUACUGCGACAAGAUCGUGGAGGAGUACCUGCACGGGCGAGACUUGCCGGCCCAGCGGGUCUUCCUGGCCCGCAGCGACCCGGCCCUCAACUACGGCAUUGUGGGCGCCGAACUGAUCCUCAAGGUUGGGUUAUCCCGACUUUAUGACCUGGAACAACGGCUGGGCAUUCCCCUCUACCCCAUCAUCGGGGCCGGCUCGGUCCCCUUCCGUGGUCACCUGACGCCGGUGAACAUCGACCGGGCAUUGAAGGAAUACCCCAGCGGGCACACCUUCACUGUCCAGUCGGCCUUCAAGUACGACUACGACAAGGACACCGUGCGCCAGGGCAUUGCCCAACUGCGCGCUCACGAGCGGGGCGAACCGGUGCCUAUAGACCAGGAACGGGCUCGAGCCAUCAUCGACAAGACCACUGCAGAAUACCAGUCCCAGGUGCGCCGGCUCAUCGGGGUUAUUACCGCCGCAUCCCGUCACGUGCCGAAGCGGCGGGAACGUAAGCUGCAUGUUGGGCUCUUCGGCUACGGCCGUUCCCUGGACAGCGUGGGCGACGAGGUGACCCUGCCCCGGGCCAUCGGUUUCGCCGCUUCCAUGUACUCGAUUGGGGUACCGCCGGAACUGCUGGGUUUGACGGCCCUGGACCAGGAUGAUCUGGCUUUCGUCCGCGAAGUUUAUCCCAGCCUGGACGACGACCUGCGGGCGGCGCUGCGUUUCACCAACGAACGCCACGUCAAGGAACUGCUGGGCGACGACUACCUCGCCCUGGUGGGCAAAUUUGCCGAUGAAAUAGACCGGGUCCACGAAGGUCUCACCAGCGCCAUUCGCGCCGGAAUGGACACCCAUACCCACGUUGACAUCUCCCAUUAUGUUGGCGAGGCCGGGCAGUUGCGGCGGUUUUUGGGGUAG